AACAAUCAUCCUCUGGGCAGUAUCAUUGUUCAGUUUCCUCCCUUCAUUUCGAUACGUUUCGUUUAGGUCUUAGAAAAAUGUGCUAAAGUAUUUUUGGUAUUCUGUAAGCAAUUCCCACUCGGAUCGCCACUAAAUUCGUUGAGACCACACCAAGCCGUGGUUGAGGUCGCGUUACAAAUUGUAGUAUCCGUUUAAUCCCAACGCCAAGUCGCAGCCAUGACCACCGCCCAGGUGCAGAAUUUCGAGUCCGCCGUAUUCGAGCCAAAGGUGUUGGCAGAGGGUCACUCGGAGAUCCAUGCAGAACAGCAGCAGCCACACCAACCCCAGCAGAACUGCCAUAAUCAGGUUACACCACAGAUGGUAUCGGAACCGAAUCUGGAGGGUGAACGGGAAUCAGAACAAUACGAUGACGAUGAGGAGGAGUAUGAUGAUGAUGACGACAUCGUCUACGAAGUGAUCGAGUACAGGCAUCCCCUGGAGGAAAUGUGGACUUUGUGGUAUCUGGAGAACGAUCGCACCAAGCACUGGAAGGACAUGCUGAACGAGAUCACCCAGAUCGACAGUGUGGAGACCUUCUGGAAAUUGUUCUACACCAUCAAGCCUCCGUCAGAGCUGAAGAUUGGAUGCGACUACUCCGUGUUCAAGAAGGGUAUCAAACCCAUGUGGGAGGACGAGGCCAACAUCAAAGGAGGUCGCUGGCUGGUCACGGUCGGCAAAAGUGCCAAAAUGGAGCUAGAUCGCGUUUGGCUGGACAUUGUCCUGAUGAUGGUGGGCCAGGCCUUUGAUUACUCCAGCGAGAUCUGUGGGGCUGUGAUUAAUAUCAGAGCCAAGAGCAACAAGAUGUCGGUUUGGACUGCCAAUGGAGCCAACGAGAUGGCCAUCCUCGAGAUUGGCCAAAAGUUGAAGAUGCUGCUGUAUCUGCAGUCGUACAACCUGCACUACCAGCUGCACUCCGAUGCCAUGUGCAAGAUCAACUCGGGCGUCAAAUCGGUCUACACUCUCUGAUCCGUAGCCGGAAGAUGGAGAGGCUCCUCUGCGUUAUUUUUUAAGAUUUUUAUUUUUUAUACACCAGAUUCGUAUGUGUGGAAGAUGACAUUGGCCAGAGAUGUGUUUAUGGAACCCGGAAAUCGCAAGUGCCGGACAAAAUUGUUUGAGAAACGAAAUUAAACGAAAUUUCAGUGACACCA